AAAGAAGCAGCAAGUAGAGGGGGAUGACCACUUUAGCACCUGUCCCCCUCCAUAAUGGGAAGACACUGCUGUGUAAGAUGCCAUGAGACUCUUCUGGGUGUGGGGAGAUGUCCUACACAGAGGGAAGCCCUGGCUGAUUCUAUGGGACACAGGCAAGUUGCUUCUUGCAAAAUGUCACAAAAAAAGGGUUGAGGCAGCUAGGAAGAUCCAGGCCUGGUGGCGUGGCAACCUGGUACGCCGGACUCUGCUGGUUGCUGCCCUCAGGGCCUGGAUGAUUCAGUGCUGGUGGAGAACAAUCCUGCACAGACAGCACCAGAAGCUGCAGCAGUCCCUUCUGAGGAUAUAUGUGAUCCAAGAAGAAUCAGUGGUCAAGCUCCAGUCCUGGGUUCGGAUGUGGCAGUGUCGUCAAUAUUACUGCCAAAUAUGUGAUGCUCUCUGUGUGUUCCAGCCCCCAAACAGGAGCCUUGUCACCCAGAACAAAGACACUUUGCAGGUACAAUAUGGAGUUGUUUCCAAGCAGCCAGAGUUCCACAUUGAAAUCUUAUCAAUCUAAAAGCCUGCAGCAUGAAAGCCGCAUUCCAGCACUUCAAUAAAUGUCUGACUAGAUUUAUGAGUCUCAGUGAAUGCUACAGCUACAGGAAUUCAGGUCCAACAUCUCCAGUCCCACAGUGCCUAUUACCCCUGCUUGGCCUGACCCUGCAUCCAAACCAAGAAAUUGUGGCUCAAUGCUAUCUUCAUAUAUGCAGAGCCAGGUGUCUCCUUACAUAACCCUGGUACUAUCUUGACUUUCUGAACUUGGAAUUGAAAGGAAUUGGGCUUUGCUUUCCUGGAGUUUCUGGACAUUACCUCAUAAAUCAC